UAUUUGUUUAAUAAAGGGCCACAACGACCCCUGCCAUGCCCUAAACCGUCAUAUUACAAAGGUUAGUUCGGUCAUUACACCACAAAGGCACUUAACCCCCCGAGCCGCUGCGAUCGCGCCACGUGCCCCUACUGUACCGCCAGCACCACAUCCAACGGCUUCCACCCCCUCCGCAACAAACACAGAGAAAACACAGAGCCAAGAGAAGGUGCUGCGCACAACCAAUCUAACCAAUCAGAACGCUUGGAUCGGCUUCACUUGGAUCAAUGAUGUGGCGGGGGGAAAUUGAAAUCCCGCCCAAACCCGGACUUCAAUUUGGUUUGUGAGUGAAUUUUGGAAGAAUUUUUGAGGCUCUUUCCUUUCAGACCCCUUAUCCCUCCCUUUCACAUAUACCACUCUCUCGCUAACGCAUACAACACCAACGCAAAGCAUAUCUCUUCGUUUCUCUCUCUCUACCACACUCUCUCUCUAGAUUCUCAUUAUUAGGUUCGACAUGAAAGGAGGAAGAUCCAAGACCGAGUCGAAGAAAGCUGAUGCGAAGCUUUCGGUGAAGAAAGGAGCCGCAGCCGGGAAAAAGCCGGUGAAGAAGGGGAAGCCGGCUAAGGAUCCGAACAAGCCUAAGAGGCCUGCCAGUGCCUUCUUCGUCUUCAUGGAGGACUUCAGGAAGACUUACAAGGAGAAGCACCCUAACAACAAAUCAGUCUCCGCUGUUGGAAAAGCUGGUGGGGAGAAAUGGAAAUCCAUGUCUGAGGCUGAGAAAGCUCCAUUCGUCGCGAAGGCAGAAAAAAGGAAAGUCGAUUACGAAAAGACACUUCAGGCUUACAACAAGAAACUUAGCGACGGCCCUGGUGCUGAUGAUGAGUCCGACAAAUCUAAGUCUGAGGUGAACGAUGAUGAAGACGACGACGAAGAUGGCAGCGCAGAUGAUGACGAGGAUGAUGACGAGUGAAGGAGACCUGCUAUUCUAGAAAUUAUGCUACCGCAGUUCCAUCUGAACUAGUUACCCCUUUUUAUAAAUAGCUUUCCUCUUUUCUUCUUUUUCUACUUUCCUAUAUUUUUUGUUUUUAAUUUGGAGUAGGAAAAAAGAAUUAAAAAUAGGUGAUGAUCAGAUGGGAUUGGUUUAUGUACUGUUUCUUUAGAUCUUUUGCUGCUUAAUGAUAACCAGCUCCUUCGCACUU